GCGGUUUUCAGGCCGUCUUAUUGCCAUGCCACUCCCGACUUCUAUGCUUGCUCACGAUCAACAACGGACAACUUGAUCUUUUUCUUCUUCUUCUUCAUGUCCCGCCCGCGCCCCUGCUAGCACGUGUUUGCUCACGAAUAUCGCCUUGUGUGAACAUCCUCAGUGCCAAGAAAUCGUUGGCCGAAGAAUACAGAGCGAAGGUAUCUCGAUUCUUGAGCCGACUUUCGCUUGGGCCCGACCGAACCUGCAUAUACGGUAGAUCCCGUGAAUCAUACACAAUGGCUGCGAGAUCAACACCAGAAAACCUCGAGAGAGCCGACACAGCACGGGAGGAACAUAGGCAGAGUGACACGGCUACGGAAGCGAAGGAGCCCAAGAACCCCAUUGAGCACAUAUACGACCGCAUGUUGACCGUGGGCAUUGGCAGAUGGUUCGUCUCCAUGGCCGUCCUUGGCCUGGCUGCGGGCGUCAUCUCAAAGCAUCCCGCAGGUGGGCUUCGAGCAGCUGCCAUCUACAACGUCGUCAUUGGCUGCCUGCAUUUUUUCUUGCCCGGGCCUCCUACGAGCCCGAGGGCGGCAACAGAUCCGCGCCCGCCAACCUGGUACUACGUGAUUCUAGCUCUGUCCACAGUGGCCUGGCUGCCGGCUUUUCCGCUCAUGUUUGCCUUUUCCAACCCUGAUGACGACGCAUAUGUCAUCUUUGAUGUUUCACCGGACGACGAUGAGCGGCGGCGAGGGCUGUUCGGGCUCGCCCUCUCCACAAGCCAGGCCACGCUGGCCGUCCUGGAGGAUAUUAGCUUGGCCUGCGGGACUAUGGGUGUUUGCUGCUUCGUAUUUUGUUUGUAUCACUGGUACAGCAUACGCAAGUUGACGACGACCACGUGGAAUAGAGAAGUGCUUGCAGAAGCCUGGUCAAAAUGGGAGGAUGAGCGUGUAGCGGCCGAGGCUAAGCAGCAGCAGCGGGACGAGAAGAGGAAGAACGAGAAGGUAGCCAAGCAGGCGGGCAAAGAGGCACAAGCCGCAUCAGUGUAGACAGCCUGUAUUUGACUGGAAUGCCCAGCUUGCAAGAUGUAAAGAAUGGCAGUUGUGCUUUACGGACUGCAUGGAUCUUGCAAGUGACAUUCAUGGUCUGUGGUAGG